AUGCUAAAAACUGAUGAUGGCGUUGAACUUUACAAGGACGACGAAAAGGCUGAGCAUCUGUCCAGGUUCUUUCAGUCGGUCUUUACGAGAGAAGUCGCUGUACCCACUGAUCACUGUAAUGUGGACACUGUCCCGACAAUUGACUCAGUGGUUCUCACAAAACCUAUUGUUCAACAGGAAUUACUGAAGCUAAAAGAAGGGACUUCGCCCGGUCCUGACGAAAUACCGGCAAAGUUGUUGAAGGAAUUGGCCACAGAAUUGGCAGAACCUCUGAGCGUCCUCUUCCAAGCCUCUCUUGAUGCAGGCAGACUGCCUCCUGAGUGGAAGACUGCGUGGAUUUCACCGAUUCAUAAAAAUGGCAGUCGCGCUUCCGCAAACAACUACCGACCAGUAAGCCUCACCUCCAUAUGCUGCAAAGUUAUGAAGCGAAUAAUCAAACGCGAACUGAUGCGGUUUUUAGAGCAAAAUCAUCUUCUGUGCGAUGCACAGCACGGUUUCCGCAGAGGGAGGUCCUGCUUAACCAAUCUACUCUACCGUCUUGAACAGUGGACCCAUGCGAUUGAUGAAGGAAACGUUGUGCAUGUGGCCUACAUAGACUUCAAGAAGGCAUUUGACAGCGUGCCACACCAACGUCUCCUACACAAGCUCAGCCGCAUAGGGGUAAGAGGCAAGCUUUUGAAGUGGAUUGAAAACUUUUUGGUCGGUCGGUCCCAGACUGCUCGUCUUGGUGGCCAGCACUCGGCAGAGGUGACGGUUACGAGCGGAGUACCUCAGGGCUCCGUUCUUGGCCCUAUCCUCUUCCUCAUCUAUAUUGAUGACUGUAUCCAUGGAUUGGACUGCAAGAUUGCCAUGUUUGCUGACGAUAUAAAGCUUUGGACCGUCAUCCGCAACGAGGACGAUGAAGCAAAUUUACAGGCAAACUUAGACCGACUCGAAAAAUGGUCAGGCCACUGGCUCCUCCCAUUUAAUGUUACUAAAUGCAACAUUCUGAGGAUUGGCAGAACCAGCUCUGCGCACCGGCAGACGUAUUAUCUAAAUCACACACCGCUGCCACUGGUAGAGGUUCAGAAAGACCUAGGGGUGUGGAUAACAUCUUCACUAAAGCCAUCAUUCCACUGA